AUGCUUUGCAAGCCAGCCCUUUGCAGCCCAGUGGGAGGAUUCAGCCUUAGUCUUAGCAAUAUUGAGGGGUGGGCAGUGGUAGAAGAAUUGGGCUCAGGGGGCCUCUUCGCCACCAGCAGCAGAGUCGGGCCUUCUCCGUGUGCAGCCGAUUACAAGAGCACUGAAGAACGCCGUUGUGUUUCCCCAAAGAUCACAGCCUGCAUUUUUUUCUCACAGGUUGAUACUUACGAUGUGACGGUGACAGAAGACUUGGGAGAAAUCCAGCUGAUAAAAAUAGAAAAACGGAAGUACUGGUUUCCGGAUGACUGGUAUCUCAAGUAUGUCACCGUGAAAACACCGAUGGGUGACUACCUGGAGUUCCCCUGCUACAGAUGGAUUACGGAUGAAAAGGAAGUCGUACUUCGAGAUGGGCGAGCCAAGCUUUUUGGAGAUGACAAAACUCAGAUCCUUAAGCAACACAGACGUAAAGAAUUGGAGGACCGCCAGAAAAUGUAUCGGUGGGCAGAAUGGCACCCAGGCUUCCCCCUGAACAUAGACAGCAAAACCCACAAGGAGCUUCCUCGGAACAUCCAGUUUGACACUGAGAAGGGAGUCGACUUCAUCCUCAAUUACACCAAGGCAAUGGAAAAUCUGUGUAUUAACAGUUUCAUGCAUAUGUUCCAGUCUUCCUGGAGUGACUUUGCAGAUUUUGAGAAGAUCUUUGUCAAAAUAAGCAAUACAAUUUCCGAAUAUGUGAUGGAGCACUGGCAGGAAGACUUCAUGUUCGGGUACCAGUUUUUGAACGGGUGCAAUCCUGUACUGAUCCAAAAGUGCACAGAAAUACCCAAGAAGUUUCCGGUGACCACAAAAAUGGUAGAAUGCUGUUUAGAGAGGAAUCUGACUCUGGAAGAGGAAGUCAAGCAAGGGAACGUUUUCAUAGUAGAUUAUGAAAUUCUGGAUGGUAUCGAAGGCAAUAAGACAGACCCAGGGACACAACAGUAUUUGGCUGCUCCGAUCUGCUUGCUGUAUAAGAAUUUACAGAAGAAGAUUAUGCCUAUUGCAAUUCAGAUCAAACAAGCUCCGGGACCAGACAACCCUAUCUUCCUUCCAUCCGAUGCGAAGUACGACUGGUUACUGGCCAAAAUCUGGGCGCGAUCGUCCGACUUCCACAUACAUCAGACUAUUACGCACCUCCUUCGCACUCACUUAAUUUCGGAGGUGUUCGGCGUGGCCAUGUUCCGUCAACUCCCGGCUGUCCACCCUCUCUUUAAGCUCCUGAUCCCCCACGUUCGAUACACGAUCGCCAUCAACACCAAAGCCCGGGAGCAGCUUAUCUGUGAAUAUGGCCUUUUCGACAAGGCCAACGCCACCGGAGGAGGCGGCCACGUGCAGAUGGUCCAGCGGGCGAUGAAGCGCUUCAGCUACAGCUCCCUCUGCUUCCCGGAGGAAAUCAAGGCCCGGCUCAUGGAAAGCAAGGAGGACAUUCCCUACUACUUCUAUCGGGAUGACGGCAUCCGAGUGUGGGAAGCGGUACAGAGUUUCGUGACGGAAAUUGUCAACAUCUAUUAUGAUAGUGAUGAAACGGUGUGUGAAGAUGUGGAGCUGCAGGCCUUUGUGAAAGACAUCUAUGUCUAUGGGAUGAGAAGCAACAAAGCUUCAGGAUUUCCUAAAGCGAUCAAGACCCGGGAGAAGCUGUCAGAAUAUCUUACGGUGGUGAUAUUUACGACGUCAGCACAACACGCCGCUGUAAAUUUUGGUCAGUAUGACUGGUGUUCCUGGAUUCCUAAUGCGCCUCCAACGAUGCGCUGCCCACCUCCUAAAGAAAAGGGAAGUGUUACCAUCGAGUACAUCAUCCAGAGCCUGCCGGACAGGGGCCGCUCUUGUUGGCACCUGGGCGCGGUGUGGGCCCUGAGCCAGUUUCAGGAGAACGAGGUGUUUCUGGGGAUGUAUCCAGACGAGCACUUCACAGAGAGGCCCGUCAAGGAAGCCAUGAAGAGGUUCCGCGAGAACCUCGAUGAAAUCACAAGUGGCAUCGCUGAACGGAACAGGAAUAAAAAUCUCCCGUACUAUUACCUUUCCCCAGAUCAGAUCCCAAAUAGUGUGGCUAUCUGAGUUGCACUUUGCAAAGACAGGGAGCUGGAGCUUUUAACAAAAAAUUAUAUGCAGGUAGCUUCAGAUCAAGAUAGCAGCGAAUUCUAUCGAUUUGUUAUUCAUUGAGAGUCGUGUUGCCGCUAACAAUAUUUCUCAGAGCUUUCUGUCAUAACAUAGAACUUUUACGAUUGAAGAGACCUUGCUCUUCCUUUGUUGUGAA